ACGCCAAGAUUCGCACUCUGGACACAGACAAGUUAUUCCAUAUUAACGCCUCUUUCGCGGUGCGUUUUGACGAACUUAUUGUGUUAUUUUACUUCUCACUUGAUGUGUAACAGCGCGUGUAGCCAUUAGCGGGUUGAGACAAGUGGCCACGCUCAGCGAGAAUGGACCAUAUUGUGGAAACUGGACCAGCCUUUGACACUCAGUCAUGAUCGUGAAUAUGUCCGAAACGGAAGAAACAUCUUUGUCAGCCAUGACUCCGAAACAUUCAGAGGACACAAACUAUACGUCAAAACGGACUUUUACUGCCGGUGACAGCGGCUCGCACGAUCGCGAGGACUUGGCUAGCCAGGUACAACCCACGGACUUACGUACAACGCGUAUCCGCGAAACUCACGUGCUCCACGCUCCAACCUCUUUCCUCAUAAGAAAUCUAAUCGAAAGUGGUGAUAAUGAAUUUAAAGAAAGGAAUUCGUCCAGGUGUUCUGAUUCUUCUUACUCUGCAAGAGACAGCGAACAACAGGAAGACCAGUCGGACAAUGAACGAAUCACGUCCAAGGAAAAGGAUCUCACAGAUGGUGAAGGGGGAGAUGAAAUACCUCAUCGAGUGGACAGUCCAUCCUUAAAGUCCAAGAAACCUAGAAAAGCUCGGACAGCCUUCACGGACCAUCAACUGAGGACUUUAGAAAAAAGCUUUGAACGACAGAAAUACCUGAGUGUUCAAGAACGUAUGGAGCUAGCUUCAAAGUUAAACCUAACCGACACACAAGUCAAGACUUGGUACCAGAACAGAAGAACAAAGUGGAAAAGGCAGACGAUGAUGGGUCUAGAAUUACUUCCGUCAGAUGGCGCUGCAUUUAGUAGGUUUCCUCAGCUGUGGAGUCCGACUCCUUCACUUCUGUGGCCAUAUAGCUACAGUAAUUACCUAUCCACUAUAUCUACUCUGUCUGGACUGACCAGUAGCAGCAUGGCUUCUUCCGGUGGUCCCUCAACCCUGGGGCUAUACCAAAGGCAGGCCCCCACUCUGAACAGUCGCCCUGUGUUACCUCGGGCUCUCUAUCCUGGGGAGAAUGCGUACGCCACGUUACAAUAAUUUUUCCAAAGACAAACUACACAGUUGUCGUAAUUGAAAUCGUUGUGGUCAGUUUCUUAGCGGAGCUUCUGUGAUAAGAACAAGUACAAGGAAAUACACAUUCUAAAAGCCUUGUCAUUUAAGCUUGUAAGGAUUCAACCAUUUUGUCGCAAGCUUAAGUAUAAAUAUUUGACGUUGAAGUUUGAACUAAGAACAAUGAAAGUCAUAUUUCAUCCCUUUAUUUAUUAUAGAAUUGCAGUAAGAACUGCUGUUUGGAAACAUGCUACGUUCAAAUACGUAUCUGUUUUUUCUU